ACUCUGGACAGCCCAGCAGCNUGAACACAAGGUCCCCUGGCUGAACUGAAAAUGCAGAGGCCUUCGGGUUCCCGGGAACCACAUAAGGACCUUUCUCCUGUGACCCCCUCCAAGAAGGAGGAGGCUACCCCAUUAAAGAGACGCCUGGUUGAGAGACAUAAAAGGACUAUGGCUGCUGCCCAUCCAUCGCACAUGCACGUCAAGAAACUGGCUGUAGAAGAAGGAGUUCGCACUGGAAAGAACACUGCACACCAGAUCCAGGCCCAGGUUGACACAGCAACCCAGGAGGAGAGCUCCCAAGGGCCUGUGCUGCUGAACCAGCACCCAGAAACAACAUCUGUGCCAUAUACUCCAGAGACCGUGGGGCAACAACGGAUGGUUUCCCUUUCUGGGGAGCCUCAUGGGCCCUCCGCCAUGCCAAGCAUGUGUUCAAGCCUGAUUCUUCAGCCCUGUGCCACCACUGACCCUAUGCUACUGCAGCCACAGGUCAUGGGUCCCAGUGCCUCCAACCAGGCUUCAGUUUCUGCUACCUUAGAGUGGCAGGAGAUGCUGGAGGCUGCUGAAGCUCUGCUGGCUCUGAAAAAUUCAUCUCAGACACGUCACCAGACCCGUGGCAUGCCAGUGAAGAGAGAGCUGAGCGGAGCAUCACGUAUGUGAUUUGGCUCUGGACUUUGUCUUUCUGUCUCCAGGUACUGCUGGAGAGAGGGGACUGCAGCUGGCCAACCCCUCUAUGCCACCAAGGCCUACCAGCUCUGGUUCUCUGCCUUCUGGACAUCUGGAUUGCAUGUCCUUCUUGACUUAAGAACCCAGACUAUGAGGCCUCGCUAGAGCACUGCCUGUUUGAUUACUGUUUCAGAACUUGCAAAAUGGCUCCUGUCCAAAGUGCUUAAUGUGUUUUUUAAGCCUUCAGGUAUUUUAUAAGCUUUCAGAUCCUUUUUAUGAUGUAGGGCAAUUACUUGGCUUUCCUAUGUUCUUUACCCCCAUCUGUAAUUUCUUUGGAAGCUGGGGCUUUUUAUGUGUCUAAUAAAAUGCUUUGUGCAAUCUAAUAUGAUCAAACAAUCUAUCAAUGGGGUUCUGAGUGGUAUCAAAUGCCAGUGUUUUCCUUUGUGUGCACUCACUCGCACACCUAUCUGCACACUACUGUACUUAAAACAAGCAUGUGGAAACAUGAGGAUUUUCACAUUGCAUCUAGAUUUGUGUGUUACCAAAAAUAAAUAAUUUUGUAAGGCAUU